AGGAAUCUUCCAAACAAAGAUACAUGUGACAUAGCGGAAUUAGACAUUUUACUAGUUUUUUGUUUAUUUUAAGCGCCAGAAAAAUUGUUACGAUAUAUAUAUAUAUAUAUACAGACAGCAGUAUAAAUCGGUGGAGAUAGUGUGUCCUUCAAUUCAGUCAAUUUCGGUGACACUGUGUAGAUCUACUACAGGUUAUCAGUGCUGUAGAUUUAUACAAAAAGAAUUAGUUGGAAAUAGGACAUUUUGUGUGAUAAGAAACUCUUGAUGUUCAGUAAUAAAAACAUUUUAUAUCAUGGGAUAAUGGCUGCUGUUGCCCCAUCUGAGAGGGAUUAUCCAGUAGGCUAUGUGCCACGAGAGAAUAGACGUACACGUCUCAGACGAAUAUCCGAGCACCUUACAAGGUUGGACAUGCCAAAUGACAACCAUAGAAAUCCAUUUUUCGAUAAUAUUUUGACUGCUCCGAAAGUCAGUGCUGAGGAAACUCGUGAAGAAGGAAAAGUGUUGUUUGGUCAGUUUAUUUAUGAUGAAAUCAACAGAGAGGAGGAUUUGGAAACCCCUGAAGAAAUUAGAGAAGAAAUAGAUCAUCUUUGUACACCACAGGGGUAUGCUAAUCCGGCCUGGGCAAAGGUAGGCCAGGACCUACGAAGAUGUGCAGAUGACUUCCAGAGGAGUAAAGAAAGGAAAAAGGUUCGAAGACAAGCAGCUGAGAUUACACAGAACAGUUCAGGGGUCACAAAGAAUCAGUUCAGAGACUUGCUGUCCGAGUUGUUGAAGAAUGGAAUAACAAAGGAGAGAAUUAUUGUACUUUUCUUCUUCUGCUCUGACGUUGCCAUAGAAACGCUGAAGAGAAAGGCGCAGACAAGUGUUCAGCUGUGUCAACAGUUUAUCCAAUGGUCAUUUGAAUUUAUCGCAGAAAGUGUGUGUUCAUGGGUUCAAGCUAAUGGAGGUUGGGGCGCAGUGUUCAAUUCCACGAUGGUGUUUGUUGGACGUGCUGUUUUAGUAUUUGGAGUUGGUAUGAUAUGUUACUAUGGUUACAAGAAGUUUAUCAAGAGUUGAUGCUGGUGAGGGAAUGUGAAGAAAAUGAUUGACUUGGAAUGAAUGAAUGCUUGUGCUGAAACAAGAUUAUGUACAUUUGAAACAAUCUGUGAAGAAAGCUUUAAAUACAUGUACUAAAAGUAUUAGGUAAUUUACCAAAGCAAGAUUGAUCUAAGAGGGACUACUCCGCCAGAAUAGCUAGCCAAGUGUGUAACAGUCGGGCUUAUCCUCCCUAGUCCUACAGAAAACAAUGUACACAAACACGUUGCACAAAGUUGCAGUCUUGCUUAAAGAUUGUAGACUCAUGACAAAAUUGUGAAAAGAAGACAGUUUCAUUACAUACCAAUUAUCAUUUGAGGAAAAUUUUCUUUAAAAAAGUACAUUUAAUAAUAUGAUAUUAAAAAAUCAGAAAGAGAGGGCGAUGCUUAUAGUUGCUGCCUUGUCUAUUGUAAUCAGGUAAUAUCUACAAUUUACAAGGUAUUUUUGGACCAAAUUUAUGGAAUUGUAUCACUGUACUGUAUAAUAAACUUGCACAUAUUGUCAAGAUAUGAAUGUGCCAUGCCAGGUUGAGAAGUUAUGGUCUUUUGAAAUUUUAUUGAAUGUUGUGAAAAAGUCUUGAAAGUAGGACUGAAUCAGGAUUGCAGUCUUUGUUUCAGGGGCUAGAAGGUUCCAGGUAAACACAGCCUGAGGGGAACAAGUUUGAAUGCAUGAUAUAAUGAAAUAUUCCAAGAAAUGUUUGAACAUGCUAGUAUAAUUCCAGCACAUUGCACCAGCUAACCAUGGGGGAAAUAUCACCCCUAGAGUUUACUUUGUGAUAAGCACAUAUUUAUUUUGAUCUCGGUGACAUACUAGCUGUUUUGUUCUUGUAGAGUUCUUUUUAUUAUGUUCGAUGAUUAGGACACCAAACAUUUUUAAAAAGUUCAAAAUAAAAAGAUCCAGGGUAAAAUGUCUUUGAAUAGAAAGGAGUUUGAGUAAGUAGAGUUUUGAAUGUACAUGUUUUGUAAUAAGAUUCUCCAAGGCAUGUUUAUAUUAUACAUUGUACAGCUAGUGUAAUUACUUGACAUGCACCAAUUGACCCAGGGUAAAAAUUACCCCCUAGAGUUUAUUUUGUGAUAGGCACCUAUUUUGAUUUUGUUUUAAUCUCAGUGACUUAAUGUUGUGUUCUUUUUCUUUGUUUUUGAAAAAGGUCUGCCCGGCACCAAAGGUGCAUGUGUCAGAUUUUGUAUGUGAUCAUGAUAUUGAGUGUACUUGUGUUUUUUACAACUUUAAUUAUGUGCAAUAAUUUCAGUAUAACAUUACAGGAUUUCAAGAAACUUAUGUAAGCAUAUCAGACAUAUUUAAAUUGAAUUAUAAUUUUCAUGGAGUUGACAUUUCAUUACCAUUACCUACAUUUGUGAAAACCAGAAUCAUGGUUACGCAAAUUUUGGAUUAAACUUUAAUUUUUACUUAAAGCAACAUUCAAAUUAUGCGUGGCUUCCAUUUGAAAAUGGCAAGUUGUGUUUUUGUCAUGUAAGAUCACAUGUAUGAUUACUGUGUACAUAUGUUUAAAAAGUGAUGAUAUCAUUCGACAGUAAAUUUUUUAAUGGGACCAGUUUCAUAAUGAAUUUACCUCUCCAGAGCAAUAACCUCUGUACAACAAACAAAUUUUUUUCAGGGGUGUUACUUUGCACAGGUUAUACUGUGUAGACUGCUUUAUUACCUGGUUCCAGAGUUAUAAAACACAAGUUUGAAGACCAGUCUCAGAAAGCAGCUUUGCCAUUGGUCAGUUACAAGACUGAGCUUAAAAUCAACCAAUCGGAUGCAGGAUUAACUAGACUGGUCUCCAAAUUCAGCUUUAUAACCUUAGACCCAGACCUUCAAUUUAUUCGAGACUUAACUGAGAUAACUUUUUAUAUGUAUCAAUUUAUGUAUUUAAGGCUAACUGUGAAAUCAUCUAAUUUUGUGGGCAUUAAAUUUCAUGAUUCAGGCUUAAAAGCACUAUUGUGGGGGUAUGAAUUUGUGAAUUUCAAUUUUUGGAAGCUUUUAUUUAUUCAUUAGGAUUUUAUCUUCCUGCAUUGAGGCAACCGUGAAGUCAAGGGAAAUAAGCCUCCCCACGAAUAUAAAUGAUUUCACAGCUUACGUAGUCUUAUAAACCAAAUUAUAUUAAUUAAUGUGCUUAAUUCAAAAAGGGACAAUCACUUCCAUGCAGCAUUUUUUCAUAUCAAAUACUUCUGAAUUUUUUUUACAUGGUCUGUACUUGUAAAAAAAAUGUUAUCCAUACAAUUAAUAAAAGUACAUACUAUAGAACUUUAAUUUGUAUGGGGAACUGAUUUUAAUAAACUUCGGUUGUUUUGUUUAUCCACAAAAAUCAAGGCUAGCAAACCUCAUUUUUAAUAUGAAAUAAUUAUUCACAGAACAUCAUUUCCUUUGAUCUUUGGAACAGAGUAAUUUAAUAACUGAUGCAAUAUGUUUUUUGUGAAUCACACUCAAAGAACACUAGUCAUUGUAUAUACAUCAUUUUUUAAAAACUUUCAUUUUCAUUACACACUGGCAUUUUCUUUUAUUAUAAUUUUUUAGCAUACUUAUGAAUAGUAUUAUUUUGUAUUUUCAUUUUUUUUUUGUGUGACAAGUCAGAAAUUUGAAAAGCAUUGUAUUAGUGCACUUACUGUUUGAUCCACCUAGUAUUCUGUAACAAGGUUUUUCAUGAAUUGAGGCAUUAUUUUGCAAGAUCUAAAUAUAAAUUCUUCAACAUUCUAAAGGUUGCCAAGGAUGGCAGGAGCAUUUUUUUUUUAAAUUAAGGUAUUUGUAAUAUUGCUAAUUUUAUGGCCAAAAAUAUAUUUUCCUAGAGUAAAAGUCAGGCAUGAUCAGAACAAAUUGUUUUUUACCAUAUCCUGAAAUUUUGUAACAAUCCAUUAAUAUCAGAAUAGUUUUUGAGAGGAACUUUAAAACUAAUAUUAUUUUGAAAAAUUAUAAAGUUCCUAUUACCUACCUUUGAGUACUUUAAAAAAGUACCAAUACUAAUAUUAUUGUCAUUUAUUCAAAGAGAAAUCAAAGAAAUACCUAGUUAUGGAAAACUAUUUGAUCAAACAGUAAUUUGUACAUCUUGUUAUGGAAAACUGUUUGAUCAAACAGUAAUUUGUACAUUAGGCUAUAUACAGAUGCCAUAAUAUGUCAUCAAUAUCACAACCUGUAGAUAACACAUUUGGUAUACAUAAAAUGUGUCAUUUGUACAAUGCAACCUCUCCAGAGUGGUCCUCUCUUAAGCAAAAACCUCUCUAUAACAACACAUCAAAAUUUCCCUAAGCUGAAAUAUACUAUCAAAUUUACCUGUCAAUAACAACAAUCUCUACAUAACCGUCAGUAUUUGUAUCUCUCAAAGGGUGUUGCUUUACAGAGGUUGCACUAUACUUGAUUUUGUGUCAAGUAAGAUUAUAUACAAAGAUCAAAACUAAAUGUCUUUGAUGGUACAGUUAGUACUAAAAUUGAUCAUUACAUAUAACUUGAAAAACUUGCAUACCACAUUGUCGAUUCUGUAACCAUUAAAACCUGUAUGAACUGAUGCCAUUACAUGUUUGCUGCUAAAAAAAAUACUUAGCAGAGUAAAAUAUUGAAUGUUUGCUACUAAAAAUGGGUAUAGCAGAGGAAUAUAUUUAAAAAAAUGAUUUAGCCUAAUAAAAUAUUACAGUUUUACUAAUAUAGAUAGAAUAUUUAAGUUUUACUAAUAAAGAAAAAUAAUCUAUGGGAGAAACUACAAUAAAGUCAACAUUAUAUACAUGUUUGCUGCUAAAACAGGUUUUUGCCUAAUGAAAUGUAGUGGCUCAGACACUAAAUUUCUGUUUAGUUACUGGACAACAUUUUCAAUGAUGUAUGCAAGUAGGUAACCUUUUGGAAAAUAUGUGAUGUCGUAAAUUCUUGUUUAUGCAUGUAAAAAUUUAUUUGAAACAAGAGAGAGAUUUUGCUCUAAAAUAAACAUGUGGUUACUGAAAAAUUAUUGAAUAAAUAAAAACAAUGCUGUUCUGUUUUAGUGUACCUAGCAUACUGGUACCCUGAUUAGUCAUUUUAGAAAUGUUAGAACAAAAUAUGGCAAAACUGAUAUGCAAUAUUCCAAUUUGAUCUCUAAACAAACUAUGCUCAUGGACAGACUAGAGCUCAGUGAAGGUUUUGUCCCUAAAUAUUCCUUAACUUAUGUGUACUAGUGUUUACAUGUUCUUUUCAUAGUCUAGAUUAGAAUUGUGCCAUUUAAAAGGAGUUCUUAUAAAAGUGCAAAAAAUACAUAAUUUGCAUAAUGUGCUCCAUCUAAUUUGCAUAAUGUGCUCGUUAUUUAAUUUGCAUGUGCUCCUCUUGUGUAUAUUGCACUCUUCUAAAGAGUUCUGUUAAUAGGUUUAGUGCAAAACUAUUAUAUCUUGUUCUUUAUUUAUAUACAGUUACAAUAGUUUUGCACUAAGCCCACGUUAUGUAGUCAUCUUCUGUCAUGUUAUUGUGUUCUAUUAGUUAUUUGAAAUGUUCAAUGAAUUUCAAAAUAAAUAAAGAAAUUGAAAUACAA